CGUGCAAACAUGCCUGAGGACCAUUCCACUGUUGAUGCUUCCCCCCCACCACCACAUUCGGCGCGAGCGUGUGAUCGAUGCAGAAGGCGAAAAAUACGUUGUGAUAGAACCUCGCCUUGUUCCGGUUGCCGAAGUGCGGGAACAGAAUGCAAGGAAUCAGAACGUGCUUCCAGACAGAAGCGGACACGGGUCUUAAUAUCAUCCCAAUACGAGAAGAAAAUCGAUCUUAUCGACAAACGACUUAGUCGCCUCAUAGAAACGCUUGACGCGGACAAUCUGGCUAGGUCGACGGGCACUAUUAUGCCGCCUUCUGUCUGUCACCAAGGUAGCUCCUCCCCUCCACCAUCUUGCAACAGGCCACCGCAUAGCGCGGUGGCGAGUCCGACGGCUGGAGACGGACCCGACCAAAAUAGCCAAUCAUCCAAUGACCAAACCAAGGCGCCCCCAAACAGCGUCGCGGAUGAUGAGAUGGCGGUAGUUGAAGGAAAAUCUUCUCUGACAGCGCAUUCUACAUUUGCUAUUGAUUUCGUGCAAAACAUCGUCGGCUCGUGUCAAAGGAUGGGAGGCUACGAGAUCAGUGAGUUAUUGAACACGCUGCGCUGUAUCGGAGACGCAUUGAAGAACCGGCGCCUAUCAUCUAAGCCUUGGUUCCCAUUAGCACAGCCGGGAUAUGAGAUGCCUCCUCUGAAGGCUGCUGUUAAAGUAAUACAAAAAGCACAAGAUGAAAGGAAUAUCGCGUUCCUUUGUAUCCAUAAGCUUCUCAGCCCGCGAAGUAUGUCAGAUAUAUGUCUAAAGGUCUACUUUUCUUCGGAAUAUUCCGAUGCGGAGUUCAUCAUUGUCAACGCAGUUCUAAAUUCUCUGGCUUCCGACACAGAUAAUGGACAGAAUGAUAUUGAAGCGCAUGAUGAACGUAAUAGCCUGGUUUUCAUGUGUCGAAAAAACCUUGAGACGGCUCUUUCAAGACUGUCUCUCUAUAUCAAGGCCAGCUACGACAUAACCUUGGCUCUUGUUCUAGGGGCCAUGUAUGCUAUUGACAUUUCCAAUCCAUCCCUCGCAUGGACAUUAGUGACCGCGGCGUCCCAAUGCUCUCACACCCUUGGAUUCCACACACGCUCCAAUGUUCCAAGUGAAUUGCCAUAUGAGCCAGAUCAGAAGCAAUUACUCUUCUGGGGAGUCUAUAUCGUCGAAAAGAGCCUAUGCCUCCGACUCGGCCGUUCGUCUACAAUACCGGACUGCGAUAUCACGGCUCUAUGGCCAGAGGGUCGGCAAAUGUCAGAUUCGCACGCCAUUACCUAUGUCUAUCAGCUAGUGAAGCUUGCUGGUUUGGCCGGCAGUAUCUACGAGCAGCUUUACUCAGCAGCUGCCCUUCAUAGCCCUCUGGAUACGCGGGUAUGUCGAGCACUCGAACUGUCGCAGGAGCUUCAUGGGUAUUGUGCGGAGGCAAAUAACACAAAUCAACUCUGGAUGCAAUCAACUACUGAUGUUCGUGAUCGAGAACAAAUACGAUUUAUUUUCACGUCUGACGAAGUUCUGCGCCUUUCUAUGUUAACCCUAAUCUACAGAGCUAUGCCACCCCAGCGUAAUUAUGGAACUGCCUUCAGCGAGGAGUGUAUUACCUCUGCCAGAUGUGCCCUGGAAUCCCACCAUAUAUGUAUACAGGAUAUCGGGAUGAAAGGCUCGUUGCUACUAUCUGUAUAUGUCAACUGGACAAUUUUGUUUGCGCCUUUCAUCCCCUUCAUUGUGCUAUUCUGCCACACCGUCGAAACAGCGGACAAGGGGGACUUGAGUCGAAUGCACACCUUCGUCAAAUCUAUCGAAUGUACCUGCCAGCAUUCUACCGCCAUUGCCACGCAUUAUCGCCUCUUCCAGAUGUUCUACGGUGUUGCGGUGCGCUAUAACGAGCUGAAAUCAUCACCGUCCUCAUUACAAGAAGAACAAGUACAACUCCGAACUGAGGUUGACGCGCAUCUGAGUGCCCUUGGUCUACAGCCCCACGUGGCAUAUGCGACUGGUCACCAUGAAAAAUCCAGCGUUGUUACUGAGCAGAAUCGGAAUUUGGGGGGAGAUGGUUGGGCGCAGCAAGGUCUGUCAUUGGGGAAUUGGUUUUCUUUCAAUCAACAGAUGGUGGAUUUGUUGGAUCAUAACGAUUUGCCAUUCUGACCAAGUUCUUGGUUUCUAAAUGUAAAGGUUAAAUCCAUCAUUCCGGGUAUACUUCUACUUUCAAAGACAUCGUGUCUAGUAUUUUGGUAGCCACUCACGGCGUAUUUUAUCAAGAGAAGGCAUGGUCUAUAUGGCACGCUGUAUGUAGCACAUCUCCAGAGUCUUGGUCGUGGUACUAGUACUCGGCUUUUCCUGUCGUAC